UGGAACAGUAGGAUUAAGGGAGUUUUAUGGCCAAGCCUUGUGAAUGCAAAAGAAAACCCCUCAGUGAUAAUUCCACCAAAUCCAAAGCUGGAAGAGGAGAAGAAGAAGAGGCUCAGGAGUCUGGAUCCCUGGAAGACUCACUUCCAUCCCGUUCCAAGAAACGGCGAGGGAGGAAGAAAUCAAGAUGAAGAAGCCCAAAUCCAGAGCUUUCUACUACACCACAUCCAUGACUUGAAGUAUCAGCAGCAAAAUCAGCAAUCUCAACCGCCAACCAAGAAACAAUCAAGAAUCUCCGGGCAGAUCGUGCCCUUCCAAGGCGGCCACAUUGUGCGAGCCACCGGUCGAAAGGAUCGGCACAGCAAAGUCUGCACUGCAAAAGGCCUGAGAGAUCGCCGUGUGCGCUUAUCUGCUCACACUGCCAUCCAGUUCUACGAUGUUCAAGAUCGUCUCGGGUAUGACAGGCCAAGCAAGGCCGUCGACUGGCUCAUCAAGAAUGCCAAGGCUGCCAUAGAUCAGCUCGCUGAACUCCCCCCUUGGCAUCCCAACACUUCAACAGAUACCCAAAAACAACCUCAUGUUGUUGAAGUCAAUAAUUCUCCCCAAGCUCAAGAUCUCCACCUCUCUCUCCAAUCUCUUCAAGACCCAAAUCCUAGUAUCUUCAGUAAUUCUGGGCAUCUGGGUUUUGAUGGAAAUUCUGUGACGCCGUGGAAUAUGGCAGAUAGUGCUGAUUGUGGCAGUGGCCAGUUCUAUGCUCAAAGCCAGUUCUACACUCAGAGGGAACCCCUUCAGUCCAGUAAUUCUCUGUUUCAUCUGCUAUCGCCGUCGAUCCAGGACAUCAGUUUUGGAUCCGGCACCCUUGACUUCUCAGGGUUUCGCAUCCCAUCGAGGGUUUACGAGAAAGAGGCGCAUGAUGGUAGUGCUCUAGAACUGCCUGACUCUGCUUCUGCUUCUUACUAUUGAUGAGAAGAAGAAAGAACUGGCAGUAAUCCCAAACCUUAUCAUAGUUCUUCUCAUCGCUCUGUUUUCAUUUUUGUUGAUGUUUGUUGGGCUCGUCAUAGCCCUUAGCUUUGUGUUUGUUGUUGUUAUUACUAUUAUUAUUUUCUAGUUGAAGCCGUACUAGUUGAUGUCUUGUUAUCAUAUGAUUGAGAGAAGAAUCUAAGAUUAAUCUAAUGCGUUGGCAUGGAG